AUGAAGACAGUUCUGUGUUUCGUUGCCAUGUGUGUCGCGUUAACGGCGUCACGCGAUCCUACGGAAACGUAUCCACGAACAGCUGUUCUGGACUCCAAGUUACAAAUAUUCUGGAAAUUCAACGCCACCCACAUCACUAUAGAGACGCACCUCUCCGCCGGGGGCUGGACGGGUCUCGGUCUGACAUCAAACGCUUCUGAAUCAAGUGACGUUAUAAUCGGAUACGUAGAGCACAAUAAAGGGGUUAUUGCGGAUUACCACUACGCUGGGCACCAGCCGCCAACAAAGGACGCAAGUCAAGACGUCACGUUAGUCUACGCACACAGCGAUAAUGAAGGCAGCGUAAUGGUAUUCGUACGCGCACUCGACACUGGCGAUAUACAGGAUGAUAUAGCCAUUCAUCCCGGUAUAAAUCAUGUGAUCUGGGCGUACACUGAGAUCGACCCCACAAACCUGGCGUACCAUGAUGUCCACCGUGGGGGAGCCGACAUAAAACUGCUUGAUAAAUGCCAACCGUCCGUCGGCAAAUAGGAUUGUAAACUUACAUACUUAUAGAACUUCUAAUAUAAAAUAUAUAUUUUGUAUUUGUUUCUCAAUAAAACUACGUUGUCAUAAGACA